GUUUCCUUCCAAGUGAAGUAUGGUUCCGAAGUGCCAAUUAUUGAUUUAAGCUGCAGGGAUCAAAAUAAGACUAAUCACAUUUUGGAUAUGAAGCUGUUAACAGAUAUGCAUAAUUUCAUCUACCUAGGCAAAGUUUGUACAUAUUUGUCAUCUGCAGCAUUGACCGGACUGGAAGGACUCUUUUUGGCUACACGUGUGAGAAAUGCAUUAGGGUAGUGCUACACGUAAUUAAUAGCCAGGUGAGCUCUGCGUUGCAACCAGAUUUGCAUUCUCCUCUUGAGACCCAUAUACUUAAAAGAUUGCAGUUCCUCAUAGUGUUGCUGCUGCAGAGCUUUCUGCAUAAAUGAAAAUUAUGCCUUGACAUAAUUUCUGUCACUUUAAAGAUGAGAAUUCGAAAUAGCCGUCCUGCUCCAUUUAUGGCUCCUCCACCUGAGGUUAUGCCUGGGUCUACUCAUCUUCGUUCACGUCUAAGAUCACAAUUUGAUGAGCGUUUCUUAGUUGAAGAAGAGAAUAGGCGCAUUGGAUGGUCAUGUUGUCCAGUGAGGAAAUCUAUUUGUCCAGUUGCACUUGAGGACCAACUCCAUGGUGAAUUGGAACAAACCACUGGGGAGAAGAGAUCUCUGAAUUGUGUUGAUGAGGAGAAAGAUAUAAAACAUUGUGUACAGAUCAAUUCAAAUCUGGAUUUGCAACAGCAGAGUGAAGGAGAAGACAAUAAAGGAAAAGAAUUUUCUUCCUCUGCAGAAUCCCAAGGGGACAGGUAUAGCUCUACUCUUCUGGUUAAUGAUGGCAUCACCUUUCCUGCAACUUUUUCUGAGCUUGGAGAGAAACUCCCCGUCAAGAAAAGACAACUUAAUAAGCAGUUGGAGAACAAAACAGGAAUGGAAAGACAGGAAGCAGAAUGUGCAAUGGUAGAAGUGGAAGUGGUGGAAGCAACGGAAAUAAAAGAAGAUGGAAGAAUAAAUCUAGAACUGGCAUAUGCAAAAUUAGGAGUAACAGAGGAAGAUGCACUAUUCAAAGAAAGAGUGGAAGAUGCAACUGUUGAAGUGAGAGAGGAAGAUGUAAAAGAUGGAGGAAAAGGGGAAGAAGAAAUGGAAGAAUUUAAAGUGGAACGUAUGGAAAAAGAGGUACAAGAAGGAAAAGAAAAACCGGAAGUAAAAGACAAGGCCAUAACAAUCAAUGUAAAGACAGAGACAGCAAGUAUUCAUGGACUUGAAUAUCUAAAUGAAGGUGAGGGUUGUCACAAGACUCACAGUAUCAACUGUAUCAUAAACUGCAAGUCAUCUGUUCGUUGUGUGCUCUUGGAUAAUAAGCAAGGUCACUGCAAAGAAGAGCUAGGCUUAGAAGGAAAAGAUUUUGAACCAAAUGGGAAGGAAAGAAGAGGAACAAAAAGAAACGGCACUGAUAAGUCAGCUGACAGCAACAACUCUCUUCAGGAAAUGCAGAAGCUGAAAAGAGGAAGGCCAAUGAGGGUGCAACAUUAUGCAGUCGAUAGGAAUAAUAGGUGGUGCACAGGGAAGCCAAAGCCCGUAAAGGGUUGGCCCAAGUUGGUGGCAGACGAACCAUUAAGUGGAAACAUCGAGAACCCAGAGAAGCCGAAGCCUAAGAGAGGGAGGCCGAGGAAGGUGAAGGAUCAGGAUCAAAAUCAGGCAAACAAUGUCAAAAACUUAUCAUCAUCAGUGGCUAUGUUUUACUAAAAAAUAUGUUUCAUAUCGGCAUGAGAACUUUGCUAGACUUCUGUCUUAAACGUAUUAAGUAGCCCUUUUUUUGUCGUAUGGAAUUUGUUACUUUAUAUAAAUAUUUUUGGAAUUAUGCAUUUUUGAGUGGUCCAGAAGAGACAGAUUCAGAAAGCUUUGUUCAUUAACGUGUCAAUGCGUUCAGCCAGCUAAGGUGCAAACUUAGUUAGCUGUCUUAACUUAAGGCUCAUUGCUUUUCCUCUCUCUCUUCCAUUAUAAUAUUUUCCUCUUUUUUCAAAAGACCAUGAUUCCAGGCUCAUGUUUUUUUCUUGGAUGCAUUCAAAUGCUUGCCGACUUAAUUUCUGAUAUUUGUUGUGUUUCAUGGCAGUAAAUUUGAAUUUUUCUUCCUCGUAUUUUUGGCUUUAACUCUUGUUCUAAUAAAGGGAGUUGGAUUUAUAUGAUAAUGAUUUCGGGCACAUAAAUCUUUACCAACUUAAUGAAGUAUUUUGGCAUGUUUAUACAUUGAGUAUGUUAGAUCAGAUAUGUGCUUUUUGUUGUGCUAAUAUAAGAAUGCUAUAAUAACCUGUUACUUUUAGAGGGAUAAAAAUCGAUAUCAAUCAUGAUGGACUAAGUUUUCCUAAUGCAUGAGUUUCAUUAUCUUUAUGGAUUUUUUUAAAAAAAAAUUAUGAGUGGAUUUUCUUCCAUAUUGGAAUUGAAUUUUUACAGAUAUUAGAAGUAAAUGGAAUUUAAACUUACAGACAAUCCUUGCACUAUAAUUAAUGCAUUAUGUGUCGCAGCAAAUAUGGCAUGCUGAGUUCAGACUUCCACGUGUAACUCAUGGAGAAGAAUUAGCCGAACAUCAUAAUUUGUGCGCUUUUUACUUCUAUGUAGUAUACAGUGUAUACGGAUUUGCAUUGAACAUAAAUUGGUAUUUCCCUGUUUCUGGCUUCUUGGGUUUGCAGGACUUUUCAUAAAAUUUAAUUGUGGAAGGGUAUUUGUUCAAUUUUGACAAAUAACUUAAGAAGCAUAAACGUUGAGGGACACAACCAAAAAAAAAAAAAAAAGAAAAAAAGAAAAAAAAGGAGCAAAUAUGGGGAUUAAGGAUGAAUUUCGAUGAAUAUACAUUCUGGCAAUGUACAUAUGGCAGCGUGAGGUAACACUUGUCGAAGUAAAUGACCAGAGGAGCUUUAACCAGAGACAGAAUGUAGACUUUAUAAAUAAGAGGGUAUUCAGACACAUAUAACACUCCACUUCUUAAUUACAACACUAUCAUUUGGUAAUUUUUUCCUUGCUUUAGUUUGAAGAGAUUAAAAAACGAGAGAGGGAUUAGAAGGAGACGACCUCGCUCUCCUCCACCUUGUUCUGUUGCCUCAUCAGUAGGUAAUUUUUCAGUCCAAAUAGAGCAGGAAGUUUCAUCGCUGCCAGUCGCUGGUGUUGAUCCAGAUUCUCCAACUCCAGAAUCACCACCAAAAGCCUUGCACUAUAUAUGAUAUACCUUUUCCAAUGGUACAAAACCAAGAUGGCUAUCCAAAAGCAUGGUAUAUUUUCCAUGACACCAUCAAUUCAUUUCUUCAAAGUGGUCAGCCAACUAUCAAUUUGGACCCUUCGGUUACCAUUUCUCCAAACCUUGGACCCAAGGUGAUGACCCAUUUUCCUUACUUCCUAAUCUCUACUAAUUUACAUUUUUUAGGUUGCACAAUUUAUUUGGACGCUCUCGCUAUAUAGUGCUUGAUCUAACAACUUAUAUAUGUUAACAAUCUCUUUAUGUAAAGGUUGAUUUUGGAGAAAACUGUGGCUGCUGUAGUGGCACCUAUAAAACUUUCAUAUAUAAAUAUCAUUUUAAGGGGCCUAAUUAUGUUUCUUUACAUACAUAUGUUUUUGUCGGACAUAGAAGAGACUAGAGGAAAAAAUGCUGAUGAUCAGCAGACACCUGCAGGUUUGUUUGCUAAUGAAAUGUAUACGAAUUUCCCUCAAAUCUUCUUUAUCUAAGCUUUGCAAGUUUUGAAACUUAGCCAUGCCUAAUAUAUAUGUAGUGCCUAAAUCUUUCUCUUGGCAGAACAAUAGUAUGCUAUCAUUGGAGUUAAUAAUUUUAUUCUUUUAUGUGUUAAAAUAAGGUUUCCCGCACUCACGACGCUGUACAUACCUAAAUUUAAAUUUGUAUGGUAAUAAAUUCGUGCAAUCAUUUAAAAUAAAUUAUUAUUCUUUUAUUAAGCUAAUCUUAUAUCUUUCUACCCCUUCAACAUAUUCAUUAAAUAAACAAGUUCCUGCAUUGAUGCUUUACAUAUGUAAAGUUUAUAAAUUUAAGCGUCCUAUUUAAUUAUUAAAAAAAAAAAAGAGAAGAGAAAUUACCUUAGUACCCGACUCAUUUUUAAUGAUUUAUCUUUUAUGUCGUCAACAUAUUUCAAUCCUAUACACCAUGUAAUAUAUACCUAUGUAGAGAAUAUGUAAUACAGUUCCAAAACCUUAUGCUAGUUUUUGAAAAUCAUCGUACUAGAUAGAUUUAGUUAUGUGAUUUGAAGAGUACUGUUUUAUAGAAAAAACGAUGAAUGAUUUGGUGUUCUGGUGAUCAUCCAGGGGAAGAGGAAACCGUGAUGCAGUUAUUACUCGGCCAAAAUUACAGAAUUUUAUCACUCACGGGUAUGCUUAUUAGGCUAAAAGCUGGAUAUAUAUAUAUAUAUAUAUACAUAUAUAAGAAUGCGUUGACAUUGAUCGUAGUAAUUUCAGGAAGUGCUAAAAUCAUUUGCCAAAUGCUUUUGUAAUUCUUGACCAUAUUUUAGAAUUAAAACUUGUUUUAACAAGUUGAGUCUCUGUCACGGACUUAAACAUAAUAACAGCUUGUUAAUUGCAGUUGCCUACCUGAAGCUACAUCUUAUGAACAAGUGGUUUUUCUAUUAUAAAUCUUUGCUUUAUACAUAAAGGAAUUUUAUAUUAUAUUGUUCUUAUCAAUCAUAUAUACACACCAUUUGUUUGUGAUAUUGAAGAGACAUUUUAAAAAAAAAAUGUUAAAUAUGGCCAACAAAGAGGGUGAACGGGCAGUGAAGAAGAGAAAGCUGGAACACAAGGGAUAUGAAGACAUAGAUUGGAAGAAUUAUGGGCAGGUGGGACAAGAAGAUGUAUGCGCUCACCAUUCAGGAAAGCUAAAGACUAGAAGCCUAAAAAGCAUUAUGAACCAAACCCAGGACAACAUGAUCACUAGGUCACCCACUCAAGAAAACUGGAAAAUUAAAUCCUUUCUCUGAGUGCUCAUGUGAAGUGAACCGCUUCAUCAUCAGCUUUUGUGGGUUCAGUGUUGAUCGAAUUUGGUAACUUGAAAAGUUUUUAGACUGGCGUUUAAGCUACGCUUUAAAGAAAACAUGAGCGCUACAACUCUGCUCUAGCUACUUCAUCGGAAGUACAAAAUUUUUAAUAUUUUGUAUGCUACAGCUUUAUUAAUAGCUUUAUAGGUGUGUGCGUGUGCCUUUUUUAAUUUUUUUUUUCUAAGUACUAUGGUAAUGGUUCGAUUUUUCGUCAUUGAAAAUUGUCCGUUCUCUUCAUAGUAUUUAAGUGAUCUAGGUGCAGACAGAGCAAAUAGAGGUAAUGUGUGUCACCAAAAAACUAUAAUUUCUUGUGGAAAAAGUAAAUAAAAACAGUUUGAUUAUUGA